AUGGCGCCUACUCAGAAGACCCGCAAGCAGCGUUCGGCGCUUCAGGACGUCGUCACCCGCGAGUACACCAUCAACAUCCACAAGCGUACUCACGACCUCUCCUUCAAGAAGAAGGCCCCCAAGUCGGUCAAGGCCGUCAAGGAGUUCGCCGAGAAGGCCAUGGGCGUCAAGGACGUCCGCAUCUCGCCCGGCCUCAACCAGGCCCUCUGGUCGCGUGGUGUCCGUUCGCCUCCCCGCCGCAUCCGUGUCCGUCUCGAGCGUAAGCGUAACGACGACGAGGGUGCCAAGGAGAAGCUCUACGUUGUCGCCUCGGUCGUUGAGGGCGUCACCUCCUUCAAGGGCCUCGAGACCGUUGUUGUCGAGGGCGACGAGUAA